ACGUUUCUCCGAUUACCAGUGUGGGCCCCAUGGAAGGCGGUGGCCUUAUUUGCUGAUGAGCCCUCGGACAACUCAACCUGUCCACGCAAUAAAACCGUUCUCAGGGGCAGUUGAAAGCAACGGUGGCUCUUCUUGAGCGAGCAAAAGCAGAAGCCACCAUCUGCAUUUCUACGGCCGAGAUUUCAGGUGAGAUAACUCUCGCUACCCAUUCCUUGCUCUGCUUGCACAUCGGUAAUAGCGAAAACAGGAAAAAAGGCGCCAUCCGCACCGGCGCUCGGACCUGAAAUCAAAUCGUACCAUGAAAUCCUGCUUUCCUUCGCGCCUACAAGUCCGUGACUGAUCGUUCAUCUGUAUUUCGCAUCCUCUCAUGCAUCUUUGGAGAAAUAAGCGUCGGAUGGAUAUGGACGGAAGAAAACUCCUCUGUAAAUCUCUAAUUCUCUACUCUCUUAUUUAUCUCGUCGAAUCUUCCUGCAAUACUACCGAUCGCGAUGUGGUGCUGAAGGCGUUCAGCUCCGUUUCCGGAUUCGACUCCUCGCGUUUUGUUUCCGCCAACGGAAGCUGCAAAAAUCCUCCCAUAACGGAAAUAAAGCUCGCUUCGAAAAAUCUUAGCGGAACCGUUUCGUGGUCUUUUCUGAGUAAUCUGUCGAGGCUGCAGACGCUCGAUCUUUCUAACAACUCGCUGCAGGGAUCCGUUCCUGGGUGCCUUUGGUCGAUACCGAGCCUCGUCCAUGUCAAUCUCGCUAUGAAUCGGCUCGGCGGAAACGUCUGUUUCGAGCGGCUGGAUUCGAAUUCGUCGUCGCUGAGAGUUCUUAAUCUAUCGAGCAAUCGGUUCACGAACUCGUUCCGUCUUUCGGGUUUCUUGAAUCUCCGAGUUCUAUCCGUCUCGAAGAACGAUCUGAGAUCGUUGCCGUCGGGUCUGGAGAACCUUACUAAGCUCGAACAUCUCGACCUCUCGAGCUGUAAUAUAUCUGGCAGUUCAAGACCCAUUUCCAACCUCCGAUUGUUGGAGUAUCUAGACGUCUCCGAUAAUUCCAUGAAGGGUUCUUUUCCUUCUGAUUUUCCUCCCCUUUCCCGGCUCGAGUUCUUGAACAUUUCUAAGAACAAUUUCACAGGGCAGGUGGAAUCUGAAAGGAUCAAGAGAUUUGGAAAAUCAGCUUUCAUACAAUCUGGGAUUUUCAACGCUUCCAAAACUCACCAAAGAACACCGUCCGUCCUAACUCAUUCAUCGAGAAAACCCCAAAACGCAUCGCAGAAGCCGAAAAAGAAGAAACUCAGAUCAAAAACCCGAACUGUGAUUCUCGCGUCGGUACUUUCCACAACGUUCGUCGUCGUAGUAAUAUCCAUUCUGAUCGCAUGUGUAAAGAUGAGAAAGCGUGCGAAUAGAGAGAAAUGGGCCAUCUCAAAGCCGAAUCCACCGUUUGCAUUGAAGGUGGAGAAAUCCGGACCGUUCUCUUUCGAGAAUGAAUCCGGCACGUGGGUGGCGGACAUCAAGGAGCCGUCCUCGGCCCCCGUGGUGAUGUUCGAGAAGCCAUUGAUGAAUCUCACGUUCUCGGAUCUGAUCGUGGCCACGUCGCAUUUCGGGAAGGAGUCACAGCUGGCGGAGGGGAGAGGUGGCCCAGUUUACCGCGCGGUGCUGCCAGGAGACUUACACGUGGCGAUAAAGGUGCUGGAGAAGGCGAAGGAUAUUGAGGCCGAGGACGCCGCGAGUAUGUUCGAAGAGCUUUCGAGGCUCAAGCACCCCAACCUCUUGCCUCUCUUGGGCUACUGCAUUGCAGGGAAAGAGAAGCUGUUGCUGUUCGAGUUCAUGGCAAAUGGUGACCUGCACCGAUGGAUGCACGAGCUCCCGACGGGCGAGCCUAACGUCGAGGACUGGAGCAUGGACACGUGGCAGCACCAGAACGAUGCCAUCGUUGGGCCCCACGUCGAGAGGAUGGGCUGGCCCACGCGCCACCGCAUCGCCGUGGGGAUCGCACGUGGGCUCGCUUUCCUUCACCAUGCCGGCUCCAAGCCCAUCGUCCACGGCCACCUCGUCCCCACCAACGUCCUCCUCGCCGACGAUUUCGAGCCGCGGAUCGCGGACUUCGGUGUCCGGAUCGGCGACGUGAUCGGCAGUACGGAGUCCGACGUGCACUCCUUCGGGGUCAUCCUGUUAGAGAUGCUGACGGGGAAGGCAGGUUCGGACGAGCUAGUUGCUUGGGUCCGAGCCUUGGUUAAAGACAGGCAAGGAUUGAAAGCUCUCGAUCCGAGGCUGAGGCUCGGAAAUGACUCGACAAGCGAGAUGGUGGAGAGCCUCAGGGUUGGAUAUCUAUGUACAGCCGAGUCGCCCGAGAAGCGACCGAGCAUGCAGCAGGUCGUGGGUUUGCUCAAGGACAUACAUCCGGCGGCGCCUUCACAAUGACUAAGAUACCCUUGUGCUUUGGCUAGAGGAAAGGGUAUCUUGGGUAAAGGGUAGGAUUAAAGACAAAGAUAAAGAAAACGACAAAAGUGGUUUACUUUGGGUCUGCGAAUCCCGCUAAUUGAUUUUCC